GCGAAGAUGCGCGCCGACGGCCUCGGCGACGCCGCCGUCGCGGCGUUCAAGAACAGCUACGAGGCGCUCUGCAGCGGCGCGACGGGCAUGAUCCCCGAGGCGGAGCUCACGCCGGCGGCGUCCGUGCCGAGCCUCGACGCCAUGGCCGACCCGGGCGCCGUGGACCCCGCGCUCCUCGCCAAAACCGUCGUCCUGAAGCUCAACGGCGGCCUCGGCACGUCCAUGGGCCUCGACUACGCCAAGUCGCUCCUCCUCGUCAAGGGCAAGGACACGUUCCUGGACCUCACGGCGAAGCAGAUCAUGGGCAUGCGCGAGAAGUUGAAGAGCCAGGUCAAGUUCGUGCUCAUGAACUCGUUCGCGACGUCCGAGGACACGAUGGCCUUCUUCAAGGCCAAGUACCCGGCGCUCUACGCGGACCCGAACCUCGAGUUCGUCCAGAACAAGGUGCCCAAGAUCGCGCGCGACACGCUCGCGCCCGCGCUCUGGCCCGCGAAGCCGUCCGUCGAGUGGUGCCCGCCGGGCCACGGCGACCUCUACGCGGCGCUCCUCGGCUCGGGCAAGCUCGACGCGUUAUUGGCCGGCGGCGCCAAGUACAUGUUCGUGUCCAACUCCGACAACCUCGGCGCGACGCUCGACACGAAGCUGUUGCAGUACUUUGCUUCUUCCAAAUUCCCCUUCAUGAUGGAGUGCUGCGAGCGCACGGCCAACGACAAGAAGGGCGGCCACCUCGCCGUGCGGUCCGCCGACGGCCAGCUCAUCCUCCGCGAGGCGGCCCAGUGCCCCGACGACGACGAGGCCGCCUUCCAGGACAUCAACAAGCACAAGUACUUCAACACGAACAAUUUGUGGAUCGACCUCGAGGCGCUCAAGGCCACGAUGGACGCGUCGGGCGGCCUCGUGCCCCUGCCCAUGAUCAAGAACAAGAAGACCGUGGACCCCAAGGACGACGCGUCGACGCCCUGCUUCCAAUUGGAAACGGCCAUGGGCGCGGCGAUCGAGUGCUUCAAGGGCGCGGCGGCCAUCGUCGUGCCCCGGACGCGCUUCGCGCCCGUGAAGAAGUGCAACGACCUGCUGACGCUGCGCUCCGACGCCUACGCGACCGUCGACGACGUGCCCGUCCUCGCGCCGGGCGUCGCCGCGGCCCCCACCGUCGACCUCGACUCGAAGAAGUACAAGCUCGUGCAGCAGCUCGAGGCGAACCUGCUCGAGGGCGGCUGCCCGUCGUUGAAGGCCUGCGCCAAGCUCGUCGUCAAGGGCGACGUGCGCCUCUCGUCGAAGAACGUCUUCGUCGGCUCCGUGACGGUGAAAAACGAGUCGGGCGAGCCC